AUGUCCAGAACAAUCUCUCAGCAGGACGCCCCUGAGCAGAGGGUGCAGGUGUUGGUGAAGUCAGAGGUCAAAGGGCACAGCGUGGAUCCUGGCCUGGCCGGUCUGCAGGGGCGACGGGCCCCGCGCUCCAAACAGCCUUUCAUGGUCACUUUUUUCAGGGCGAGCCCCAGUCCCGUGCGGGCCCCUCGGGCUGUGAGGCCCCUGAAGAGGAGGCUGCCGACAAAAACCAACGAGCUGCCGCACCCCAACAAACUCCCAGGCAUCUUUGACGGCGUGCACGGCGCCAGCGCCGACCUGCGGCAGGUGUGCCGGCGGCACGAGCUCUACGUCAGCUUCCGGGACCUCGACUGGCUGGACUGGGUCAUUGCCCCCCAGGGCUACUCGGCCUACUACUGCGAGGGGGAGUGCUCCUUCCCGCUGGACUCCUGCAUGAACGCCACCAACCACGCCAUCCUGCAGUCCCUGGUGCACCUGAUGAAGCCGGACGCGGUGCCCAAGGCGUGCUGUGCGCCCACCGAGCUGAGCGCCACCUCCGUGCUCUACUACGACAGCAGCAACAACAUCAUCCUGCGCAAGCACCGCGACAUGGUGGUCAAUGCCUGCGGCUGCCACUGA